UUCUCACCAGCUCAGGCCUGGGUAUAUGUGGUCCCAGAAGAGGAGGAACUAGGCUCACAGGGAGACUGCCCGACAGAGCCUAGGCCCAUUGGAGGGGAACGCAGUAGCAAGCUUACUUGUCCUUGCAGGGUCCUGGGAGGCCAAUGCCCUCACUAGGUCAGAGGCCGCUGGAGGAAGCAGCCAGCGCCUGGAGGAAUCCGAGGUUUAGACAAGAAACUGGCCCAAACCACAUGACAGGCAAACUCCCCAGGGCCUGACACUGACUCAGCCUCCUGUCCAGCCUCCUCCAUACCUCAGGUCCUUGAGGAAAGCGAUGUUCCUGGCCUGCUGCCACCUGCAGCUGAAGACCAAUGUGAGGCCCAUUGUUUCAGGUUAGAGCUGGCGGGGCCACGGGAAGCCACCAGCAAUGCCCUAUGUCCCACUUACUGCAGACCCAGAGCCCUGAGAGAAGACUGCGCCAGUGGACAGAGCAGCCUGUGCCAGAAUGGAGGCACUUAGGGCUGUCCUCCUGGUCUUGCUGCUAAGUGGACAGUCAGGGAGCAGGUGGGCACAAGAGGAAGAUGGGGACGUGGACGUGGGGUCAGAGAGCUAUGACUACGAUGAUGACUAUGAAGAGGAGGAGGAAGAGGAGAGCAACAUGGUCCCUGACAGCAGGGACAGAGAAUCCUUAAGGUGCUACAUCUGCCAGUCGCUACACAGUGGGGAGAGCUGCAACCAGACACGGGGCUGCUACCACAGCCGGGCCUUCUGCACCACACUCAUCUCGCACGGCAACACUGACAAAGGUCUCCUGACCACCUACUCCAUGUGGUGUACCGAUACCUGCCAAGCCUUCACCAGGACGGUAUUAGGCACCCAAGUGACCAAGAGCUGUUGCCAGUCCACACUGUGCAAUAUUCCACCCUGGCAAAGCCCCCAAGUCCUGGACUCUCUGGGUGGCAUUGCAGGCAUCCCCGUGGAUGGUGGAGCCAGACGUCCUCAAGGUGGCAUUGCAGGCAUCCCCGUGGAUGGUGGAGCCAGACAUCCUCAAGGUGGCAGGGUUGGCCAUCCCCAGGUUGUCAAGAUUACCCAUCCUCAGAGGGAUGAGGCUAGCUUGCCCAAGGGUGGAAGGGCUAACAAGCCCCAGGGCAGUGGGGCCGGGUGCCCUCCAGGCUGGCACAGAUUUGGUGACACAGCCCUCCUGCUCAGCCUCCUCACUAGUCUAUGGGCAUCCGGGGUCUGAAGACCUACCCUCCUCCUAGGAGGGCACCCUGGCCUCCCCAUCCCCACAGCCGGCUUCAGAGAAUAAACUUGAAUUUCUUUCGCAA